UCGAGCAGGCGCGUUGGAAGCCGGUGCGGUACGGCGCGGCGGCCAGCCAGCCGGGAGGGAAGAUAACAAUAAAAAAACGUAGACACAAUCGCGCGUAAAUGUGCGUAAACCUCGCGAAGUGCCGCUUUCGCAGCUGCCGCGUGAUAACGUGACCGCGACGAUGGGAGAAACGUGAAAGUGCGAAGACCGGGUUCGCGUGCGAAUAAGCGGAGACACUCGCGCGCGAUCACACGCCCUGCCUCGAUAUCACCCGCAACCCUCGCCCACGCAACAUUCGAGCAACGUGCUUCCUCUCGUUCUUCUCCGCGGAAGGUCGAAUUCGGAUCGGGUAGUUUCAUUUUCGUUUCCAUCUCGGUUUCCGUUCCUUAAAAAGGGAUAUCAUGAACAACUCGCCGCAGAAUACCGAGGUGGCCGGGCAACAGCAUCGUGCCGCCGGCGCCGGCGUCGAAAACAGCGACGAGGAGGAAUGGAGUGGUGUCGUGGAAUGUGUAAUGUUAUUGCAUCGACUCGUGUAUCGAAAGAAUGAUUUUUAUUUGCUGAAACAGCCUUCCUCGAGCAGUUUCUUGUUGCCCAUUUCGAGUUGUUUUUCAUGGUCAAGGAAAUUCUGUGGAUUGCACAACGCUGUUCUCGAGAGGUCUAAGUCGGAUCGUGUGACGCGAACGGAUGAGGACAGGCGACGUCGUACCAUUAUUGUCGAAAAGAAGAAUGGCACGUAUGGUUUCACGUUACAGAGCUAUGGGAUACAUUACAAAAGGGAGCAAGAAAUCGAGAUGGUCACGUAUGUCGAUUACGUGGAGUAUGAUGGGCCAGCGUUUAAGGCUGGCAUGCGAGAGGGUGACGUGAUACUAUCGAUAAACGGUCACGAAAUGGACAGGGCCGAUCACAAGACAUUGGUCAAUUUCAUCAAGAACUGUGAUACCAGGAUGCGGAUGGUCGUGUCCUUUGAAGACUGCGUUAGAAAGGUGGAAUUGCACAUGCGUUACAUCGAAUUGCAACGCGCCCUUCAAUCUCGCCUGAACGAAUUAGAGAGACUGUGCGAGAGGGAACGGUCUAUACUCAUGGGUCGAUGGAAAACUCAUUCACUGCCAGCAAGAAAGAGAACGCCUAACAGUGUGAUCGCGGGCAACCCCGAUCAACCUUCGCCGUCGUCUAGUUUCAAUUCCUCGACGAUUCAGUGUUGUCGACCGGCUACGUCCACGGAACAUCUGUUACUCUACAACGUGUUUCCCGAUGGACGACCUUGUUUGAUUCCACGGAAUGCCGCCUGUUUGGUAGCCGUGGGCCCUCCACGUUCGCGAAGUGACCACCACCACUUCCUCUCGAAGAUGUCGAGCGAUUCCGGUGCUACCGCAUCUUCGCGUCACAGCUACCACCAAGCAAACGGAAUGAACAGUACGCCGGCAAAGUCCAAAUCGCACAAAUCCUGUCAACAACAAUCGAGCGGAGGCGGCGGCGGCGGCGGCGGCGGUGGCGAUCAACCUUCCAUUCAUCCUCCACCGCAAAAUAGUUUAUGCGUAGCUUGUAUUUCUAGUGCCAGACGUCGAAGGGAACAAUCGGACAGCGGUAGUUUGGACGCGUACGAUCUGGCCAGUCCGUGCUGCGAUCCAAACUGCGUACCUAGCCGCCGGCGUCGGGAGAAGCAAAGACGAGCGAGAAACGAGCAGAAUCAUCAUCAACAACAGCAACAGCAACAGCAUCACCACGCACAACGAGAGCAAUCUCAACAACAACAACAACAGCAGCAACAGCAGCAGCAACAGCAGCAGCAACAACAUGGAACGCAUAGUUGUUCGCGAACGUCUGGUCAUAGUCUACAUUCCGUAACGAGUAGCGAUAUUUCGACCGCGGCGGAAAGCGUAGCUUCCUGUUCAACGAGCCUAAGCACGGACACCCUUUACUGGGAUCCGAGCGUCCAUCAACGACCACCGCCGUGCCUUCAGUAUGCCAAGCCAAAAUCCUGGGACAAUCUGACCACCAAAGCGUUCGGUGGCUAUGGUUUUGGAUACGGUUACUUGGACACGGCUACCGUUAAAACGCACAGCGCCGAGAGACCCGGGAAAAGCGGCCACGGACGAGCAAAAACGCCGACUGGUACCGUUCAGAGGAGGACAAGUAGCAGUACGACCUACUCUAGUACUUCCAGCAGGCACUUUCAACCCACCAAAUCCACGGAGAGCCUGCUGAUACCCGCGCAAUAUCAGAGCGGGCUGGACGCAAGCUUGAGCUGCGAAUGUUUGGACGGUCCGGCACCGAGAUGCGUACCGGUGAUCCAAAUGGAAAAGCACAAUCGUCAGGAAGAGAGCGGAUACAUUAUCAGCACACAGGCACACGUGCGACAUCGUCGGUCUAGCCAUUCGGACGGAAAACUAAGGGCACUAAACAACUCCGAAGUGACGCGCCUAUAAAAUCACUCCUCCUCCUUAGAAAAUUGUACUCUAAAUAAAAAAAAUACUCGCUUAAUAAUAAUUAUCGUAUCGAUUUCUGGCAGAUAACAACGACGUAUCUAACGCGUACUCGUUCGCAUUUAAGCCUUUGUAUUUAGCUUUUUACCGUGACGAAUAGUAACAAAUGUAAUCUCGCCGAACGAUCGAGGAAUGGACCACUCUUUUCGAGACCUUUUUCGAAUAUUUACGCUUAUUUACGAGUUUCGUUCAGAGUAGAGUAUCAUCGUUAGACCAACGAAUAGUUUCUUAGCGACCGCGAUGUUUUCCGGGCAAUUGAAAUCGGUUGUCCAUGUUCGCAACUUUUGAGAAUUUUUUUUACAUUUUUAUAGAUAGUUGAUCGUGUAAAAGUUAACGAGAAUAUUAUCGUUAUGUCAUAUGAAAAGAAUAAAUGAUACAAAUCUUUUAUUUGGA